AUGUUUCUGGAAACUCUACAACAACCUACGACCGCUUUCGUCCUUCUUCGGGCCCAUCAGCUUGUUGAAUGCAGCGCACACAAGACAGAAAAUAGGAGUGAAGCAAAUUGUGGAAGUUCUCAGAAUCGUUUCGCGUUUAGUAGUCGUUUCAUCAUCAUUACCACUUCACUUGUGAGCCUCUGCAGAAUUUCCGCUGAUAUAGUUGACUUCCGUGCCCAGGAUUCAGACAGGCUCAGUGUUGUUUGA